AUGACCGGCCACCACGGCUGGGGCUAUGGCCAGGACAACGGCCCAUCACAUUGGCACAAGCUGUAUCCCAUUGCCCAGGGAGAUCGCCAGUCACCCAUCAACAUCGUGUCCAGUCAGGCUGUGUACUCACCCAGCCUGCGGCCACUGGAGCUUUCCUAUGAGGGCUGCAGAUCCCUCAGCAUCACCAACAAUGGCCACUCUGUCCAGGUAGACUUCAGUGACAGCGAUGACCGAACUGUGGUGACUGGGGGCCCCCUGGACGGGCCCUACCGCCUCAAGCAGUUCCACUUCCACUGGGGCAAGAAGCAUGAUGUGGGUUCAGAGCACACGGUGGAUGGCAAGUCAUUCCCCAGUGAGCUACAUCUGGUACAUUGGAAUGCCAAGCAGUACAGCAGCUUUGGGGAGGCGGCCUCAGCACCCGAUGGCCUGGCUGUGGUUGGUGUCUUCUUGGAGACGGGGGAAGAGCACCCCAGCAUGAACCGUCUGACAGAUGCGCUCUACAUGGUUCGGUUUAAGGGCACCAAGGCCCAGUUUAGCUGUUUCAACCCAAAGUGCCUCCUGCCUGCCAGCCUGCACUACUGGACCUACCCCGGCUCCCUGACGACACCACCACUCAGCGAGAGUGUCACCUGGAUUGUACUCCGGGAGCCCAUCAAUGUCUCUGAGAGGCAGAUGGAGAAAUUUCGGAGCCUGCUUUUCACCUCGGAGGAUGAUGAGAGGAUUCACAUGGUGAACAACUUCCGGCCACCACAACCACUGAAAGGCCGCGUGGUCAAGGCCUCCUUCCGGACCUGA